AAAAAUUGAAAUUGUCUUUCUGCUUUAGGUUCACACUUUGCAUUUUAUCAAGAGAAACAUAAAAAUGGUAUUGCAAUCUUGCACAUUCGACUUGAUCAAUCUGGCUCCCUCCAAUUCUCUUGUGGCAUUUUGCUUCUGCAAUUUGAUCAUAGCCAUUCUGCUCGUGGCUAGUUCCAAACCCGGAGGCAAUACUAGUCCGGACAGGUAUGAAGAGUACCCUCCAAUUCCACUUAAAAAGGAUUCUCUCGCUGACCAUACUGGACAUUGGCGCCAGGGCGACGAUAUGAAAGAGGUUACUGAAGAAUCAGAUGAAGUUACAGAAGCAGUUUCUGUCAGCCAUGCUAUAAUUAUCCACUCUGAAGUAACCGACGUUGAUGAUGGUGAUGAUGAUUGUGAAAGUGAGGAAGAUGAUGAUGAACUGAGGAGAAGGGUUGAAGAAUUCAUUGAUAAAGUUAACAGAGGUUGGAAGGCAGAAAAUUUGAGAAUGUGUACAUCAUGAAGCAUAUGAGGCUGCUGAUAUUAUCAAAUUUUUGCACUGUAGAAAAGCCAUUGUAAUUCUCUUAAUAAUAGAGUAAUUGUAAUGUGAAGGGAAAAUGAGCCAACUAAUUUUGAGGGGUGGAGAAGUUGUGAACUUAUAAUUGAAUGCCUUGUUAUCACACAAGAAUAAUGUUGCAUCUGUCUCUGUAUGCACCAUAACUUUGCUCAUAUUUCCACCCAGUAACACCAACUUAGUAUCUGAGUAGAUAUUUCC